GGUAGUGGUUUCUCCUCCGCUUUUAGGUUCCUCCGCCCCCUCCCGUCGGACGCUGCCGGGUGCCAGCCUUGAAAAAGCCAACUUUAUUGUUCCUCAGCCCCACCUCCCGGCGCGGCGCGCGGCCUCAGGAUGCACUGAGGCUGAGCGGAGGGAGGCGGCGGCGGGUCGCGGUCCCUCUCCUCUGAGCGCCCGGCCGGAGGUGGGGGGAGUCACGAUGUCUGGGAGCCGCCAGGCCGGGUCGGGCUCCGCCGGGACCAGCCCUGGCUCCUCGGCGGCCUCCUCGGUGACUUCCGCCUCCUCGUCCUUGUCCUCUUCCCCGUCGCCCCCUUCCGCGGCGGCCGCGGCGGCGGCGUCCGGCGGGGCGGCCCAGGCCGCGGGCUCGGGCGGCCUCGGGGGCCCGGCGCGGCCUGUGCUGGUGGCGGCCGCCGUGUCCGGCAGCGGCGGCGGGGCGGUGUCCGCCGGCCAGUCUCGGCUCAGCUGCGCGGCCAGGCCCAGCGCCGGCGUAGGAGGGAGCAGCUCCAGCCUCGGCAGCGGCAGCAGGAAGCGACCUCUGCUUCCCCCGCUGUGCAACGGGCUCAUCAACUCCUACGAGGACAAAAGCAACGACUUCGUGUGCCCUAUCUGCUUUGAUAUGAUUGAGGAAGCAUACAUGACGAAAUGUGGCCACAGCUUUUGCUACAAGUGUAUUCAUCAGAGUUUGGAGGAUAAUAAUAGAUGUCCCAAGUGUAACUAUGUUGUGGAUAAUAUUGACCAUCUGUAUCCUAAUUUCUUGGUGAAUGAGCUCAUUCUCAAACAGAACCAAAGAUUUGAGGAAAAGAGGUUCAAAUUGGACCACUCAGUGAGUAGCACCAAUGGCCACAGGUGGCAAAUAUUUCAGGAUUUGUUGGGAACUGACCAAGAUAACCUUGAUUUGGCUAAUGUCAACCUCAUGUUGGAAUUACUAGUGCAGAAGAAGAAACAGCUGGAAGCAGAAUCACAUGCAGCCCAACUACAGAUCCUUAUGGAAUUCCUCAAGGUUGCAAGAAGAAAUAAGAGAGAGCAACUGGAACAGAUCCAGAAGGAGCUGAGUGUUUUGGAAGAGGAUAUUAAAAGAGUGGAAGAAAUGAGCGGCUUGUACUCUCCUGUCAGUGAGGAUAGCACAGUGCCUCAAUUUGAAGCUCCUUCUCCAUCACACAGUAGUAUUAUUGAUUCCACAGAAUUCAACCAACCUCCUGGUUUCAGUGGCAGUUCUCAGACAAAGAAACAGCCUUGGUAUAACAGCACGUUAGCAUCAAGAAGAAAACGGCUUACUGCUCAUUUUGAAGACUUGGAACAAUGUUACUUUUCUACAAGGAUGUCUCGUAUUUCAGAUGAUAGUCGAACUGCAAGCCAGUUGGAUGAAUUUCAGGAAUGCUUGUCUAAGUUUACCCGAUAUAAUUCAGUACGACCUUUGGCUACGUUGUCCUAUGCUAGUGAUCUCUAUAAUGGUUCCAGCAUAGUCUCUAGUAUUGAAUUUGACCGGGAUUGUGACUAUUUUGCAAUUGCUGGAGUUACAAAGAAGAUUAAGGUCUAUGAAUAUGGCACAGUCAUUCAAGAUGCCGUGGAUAUUCACUACCCUGAAAAUGAAAUGACCUGCAAUUCCAAAAUCAGCUGUAUCAGUUGGAGUAGUUACCAUAAGAAUCUGUUAGCCAGCAGUGAUUAUGAAGGCACUGUCAUUCUAUGGGAUGGAUUCACAGGACAGAGGUCAAAGGUCUAUCAGGAACAUGAGAAAAGGUGUUGGAGUGUUGACUUUAAUUUGAUGGAUCCUAAACUCUUGGCUUCAGGUUCUGAUGAUGCAAAAGUGAAGCUAUGGUCUACCAACCUAGACAACUCAGUGGCAAGCAUUGAGGCGAAGGCUAACGUGUGCUGUGUUAAAUUCAGCCCCUCUUCUAGAUACCAUUUGGCUUUCGGCUGUGCAGAUCACUGUGUCCACUACUAUGAUCUUCGUAACACUAAACAGCCAAUCAUGGUAUUCAAAGGACACCGAAAAGCAGUGUCUUAUGCAAAGUUUGUGAGUGGUGAGGAAAUUGUCUCUGCCUCAACAGACAGCCAACUAAAACUGUGGAAUGUAGGGAAACCAUACUGUCUACGUUCCUUCAAGGGUCACAUCAAUGAAAAAAACUUCGUAGGCCUCGCUUCCAAUGGCGACUAUAUAGCUUGUGGAAGCGAGAACAACUCUCUUUACCUGUACUAUAAAGGACUUUCUAAGACUUUGCUAACUUUUAAGUUUGAUACGGUCAAAAGUGUUCUGGAUAAAGACCGAAAAGAAGAUGAUACCAAUGAAUUUGUUAGUGCUGUGUGCUGGAGGGCAUUGCCAGAUGGGCUGGAUGAUUUAUAACACUUUAGAAAAUUUUCCUGACUGGAAGAGGGCCAAUGUGAAUGAACUCUUGUCUUGGGCGUGGAAGGAAAGAAGAUUCUGAGCGUGGACCCUGACUUCCAGGAAGACUGUGGCUCACAUCUCCUAAGUGCUCCACUCUUCCCUUAGUGUCCAGACUAGAGUGGGGUGGGAAAGUAGAAAAGAGAGGAAUCAAGAAGGUGGUGGAAAACUGAAGCAAAGCUGUAAUUUAUUUAUUCUCUAAGUAAAUUUCAUUAAGUGUAAAUAUUCCUUAACCUUAAUGUCCACUACUGUAUGGACAGCUUCUGUGAAAACAUUUGUUGCAUUAGGUAUUUUACGGUGAAUAUUGUAAUGCAGUCAACAAAAU